AUGUCUACCACCCAGGUCCCGGAUUCUGCGUCAAAUUUCGAGAUCUUCUCUUCGCUUCGCUAUGACCCUCGUCUCCCAUUAGCCGUCGCUGAGAACCCCGAUAGCUAUCCCGAGCCUUCCAACUCUCCCUACUACCUUCUUGCAUACCAUCGAGAUCGCCUUAUAGCUGCUGCACGCCAUUUCAAAUGGGAUGAAGCACUACUGAAGGCGCCUCUCUGGUCUCAAGGGGAUGUGGAUAGCCUGAAGGAAUUUUUGGACCCCAAGAUACCAGAAAAGGAUAAGCCGUGGCGACUAAGGAUCGCAAUAGUUUCCAAUGGUCAGCCUUCAUGCCAGGUUGCCCCUACUGCCCCCAUUGAUCCAUGUAAUCUUUUAAUCCCAUCACUGCGCCCCGUCACGGAUGCGCCGAUCUGGAAAGUUUACGUUGACUCGGAAGAAAUCACCCCAUCGGGAUUUACGACACAUAAAACGUCUUCCCGGGAUGACUAUAACGCUGCACGGCUGCGCGUAGGAAUAAAUUCCCCGACAGAAACAGCCGAGGUCUUGAUGGUGAAUCGCAAUGGUGAAGUCAUGGAAGGGAGCAUCACUACUCCAUAUUUCAGAUCCCGAGGGUCAACCCAGUCAGAAUCAAGGCCAUCCUGGAUCACACCACCAUUAAGUAGCGGGGGCAAUGCGGGCACAACUCGGAGAUACGCAUUGGAUCAAGGCUUCUGCAUCGAACGGAUUUUUCGAAAAGAUGAAUUGGUCGACGGGGAAGACUGUUGGCUAAGUAAUGGAGUCCGUGGAUUUAUGCGCGGUGUGGUGGUUUUGACCCGUUGA